AUGACCGAAGCACACCCCGCGUCCACGACAACCCCGCGCUACUUGACUGGGGACAAAGCUGGCCUGCGCGAGUUCUUGGACAAAUUUGAUGUUGGUUCACCUUCACCUCAGAAGAAAGCGAUCUUUGCUCGGGGCCUAUUCAUUAACCAGUUUUCACCGACAGGUCUUUCUCUUCGACUGCGACGCUCACACUUUUCCCCAGGUGUACUCUGGUCGGGAGAUCAUGUCUUUCCUGGAACCGUGGAUACGCUAGAAUUACUGCGAAAGAAUGGGAAGCAAGUCGUUUUUGUCACGAAUAACAGCACAAAGUCCCGCGCCGACUAUUUGAAAAAGCUCGAGAGUUUGGGAAUUCCCAGCAAUGUGGAAGAAAUCUUCUCCUCCUCCUACAGUUCCGCUAUCUAUAUCUCGCGCAUCCUUCAACUACCCGAAAACCAGCGCAAGGUUUACGUGAUCGGCGAGUCGGGCAUUGAGCAAGAGUUGCGCUCGGAAAGCGUCCCUUUCAUCGGUGGGACAGACCCUGCCUAUCGCCGUGACAUCCAGCCUGAAGAUUACAAGCACAUCGCCGCGGGAGACCCUUCCAUCUUGGACCCCGAGGUGGGUGUUGUUCUCGUCGGACUGGAUUUCCACCUCAACUACUUCAAGCUUGCACUUGCCUACCACUACGUGAAGCGUGGCGCCGUGUUCCUGGCCACGAAUGUCGAUUCUACACUCCCCAACUCGGGCACGCUCUUCCCCGGUGCUGGGUCAAUGAGCGCCCCAUUGAUCAUGAUGCUGGGCCGAGAUCCCGUGGCCCUGGGCAAGCCCAGUCAGGCGAUGAUGGAUGCGAUCGAGGGCAAGUUCCACUUCGAUCGAAGUAGAGCGUGCAUGGUGGGUGAUCGGGUCAACACGGAUAUUCGAUUCGGAAUCGAGGGUCAAUUGGGUGGUACCCUCGGUGUGUUGACAGGAGUCAGUUCCAAAGAAGAAUUUGUGUCGGGGUCGGUCCAACCUUUGGCGUAUCUGGAUAAGCUCUCGGAUCUGCUCGAUGCUGAGCAGUGA